UUUAUUUUUGCUUCCCAUUCCCCGCUUAAAUCGGACCGACCGUUUGGGGAGACUGCUCCUUUACUCCUCCAAAUCACUUCGGAUUUUGGAAACCAGCAGAAAGAAGAAAGAGGUAGCAAGAGCUCCAGAGAGAAGUCGAGGAAGAGAGACCGGGUCAGAGAGCGCGCGCGGGCGAGCGAGCAACGGGAGGGACAGGGCAAAGCGAGUGACCUGCUUUUGGGGGUGACCGCCAGAGCGCGGCGUGAGCCCUCCCUCUCGGGAUCCCGCAGCAGACCAGCAGCGCCGACGGACAGACACACAGACACCGCCCCCCGCCCCAGCGCCCACCUCCUCCCGGACCGGCAGCCGACGGUGGACGCGGCCGCACGUCGCGGGCAGGAGCCGCCGCCCGCACCCGGAGGCGGGGUGGAGGGGGUCGGGGCUCGCGGCUUUGCACUGAAACUUUUCGUCCAACUUCUGGGCUGUUCCCGCUCCGGAGGAGCCGUGGUCUGCGCCGGAGCGGCGGAGCCGAGCGGAACCGGGAGAAGUGUUCGCUCGGGCCGGGAGGAGCCGCAGUCGGAGGAGGGGGAGGAGGAAGAGGAGAAGGAAGAGGAGAGGGGGCCGCGGUGGCGACUCGGCGCUCGGGAGCCGGGCUCAUGGACGGCUGAAGCGGCUGUGUGCGCAGACAGUGCUCCCGUCGCGCGCGCGCCCCAGGCCCGGGCCUCUGCCCCGGGAGGAAGCGGAGCCCGCCUAGGCGCCGAGGAGAGCGAGCCGCCCCGCAGCCCGAGCCGCGCCGGCCCCGGCCGGGCCUCCGAAACCAUGAACUUUCUGCUCUCUUGGGUGCACUGGAGCCUCGCCUUGCUGCUCUACCUCCACCAUGCCAAGUGGUCCCAGGCUGCACCCAUGGCAGAAGGAGAGCACAAACCCCAUGAAGUGGUGAAGUUCAUGGACGUUUAUCAGCGUAGCUAUUGCCGUCCAAUUGAGACCCUGGUGGACAUCUUCCAGGAGUACCCGGAUGAGAUCGAGUACAUCUUCAAGCCGUCCUGUGUGCCCCUGCUGCGGUGUGGGGGCUGCUGCAAUGAUGAGGGCCUGGAGUGUGUGCCCACUGAGGAGUUCAACAUCACCAUGCAGAUCAUGCGGAUCAAACCUCACCAAGCCCAGCACAUAGGAGAGAUGAGCUUCCUACAGCACAACAAAUGUGAAUGCAGACCAAAGAAAGAUAGAGCAAGGCAAGAAAAAAAAUCAGUUCGAGGAAAGGGAAAGGGGCAAAAAAGAAAGCGCAAGAAAUCCCGGUAUAAAUCCUGGAGCGCUCCCUGUGGGCCUUGCUCAGAGCGGAGAAAGCAUUUGUUUGUACAAGAUCCACAGACGUGUAAAUGUUCCUGCAAAAACACAGACUCGCGUUGCAAGGCGAGGCAGCUUGAGUUAAACGAACGUACUUGCAGAUGUGACAAGCCGAGGCGGUGAGCCAGGCUGGAGGAAGGAGCCUCCCUUGGGGUUUCGGGAACCAGACCUCUCACCAGGACAGAUGAUACAGAACGACUGAGACAGAAACCACCGCCGCCAACCGCCAUCACCGUCAACAGAACAACCCUAAUCCAGAAACCUGAAAUGAAGGAAGAGGAGACUCUGCGCAGAGCACUUUGGGUCCGGAGGGCGAGACUCCGGCAGAGGCAUUCCCGGGCUGGUGACCAAGCACGGUCCCUCUUGGAAUUGGAUCGCCAUUUUAUUUUUCUUGCUGCUAAAUCACCGAGCCCGGAAGAUUAGAGAGUUUUAUUUCUGGGAUUCCUGUAGACACACCCACCCACAUGCAUACAUUUAUAUAUAUAUAUAUAAUAUAUAUAUAUAUAAUAUAUAUAUAUGUUUUAUAUAUAUAUAUAAUAUAUAUUCUUUUUUUUAAAUUAACAUUGCUAACGUUAUUGGUGUCUUCACUGGAUGUAUUUGACUGCUGUGGACUUGAGUUGGGAGGAGAGUGUCCCCACCCAGAUCCCCGUAGGGAAGAGGAUGGGAGGAGAGAUCCUGGCAUGAUCUUUUGGCCCUCUUAGGGCUGCCAGGGUCCCCUCCCCUGUCCAGGAAUAUGCAUGGCCAGGGCACGGGGGCAAAUUUGGCCUGCUUUUGGGAACACUGACAAACCCAGCCCUGGCCCUGAGCUUCUACCCCAAGUCAAAUGGACAGAAAGAUAGAUGACAGGUACAGGGACAAGGAUGCUUGCUCCGACCAGGAGUUUGGGGAGCCUCGGGACACUGCUGUGCUCUGGGGUCACCUCCACAGGCUGUAUGGGCAUCCUGCCCCACGGGCACUACCUGGAAGAUUCAGGAGCCUGCGUAGCCUUCACCUUUUCUCAGCUGCUUCCAAGAUGCCCAGAAGGCUGGUGACAGAUGCGAUGCCCCUGCGAAGAACAGAGAGACAUUGGUGGAAGAAGGGCGGUCAGGUGACAGCUUCUCCUCCAAGGGAAGGGCCUCCGGCCUUGGCCUCUCCCAGCUCCCCUUCCCAGGUGCAGCCCAGGAGGGCCCCAAGUCCUCAGACUAUUGAAACCACUAGUUCUGUCCCCCUAGGAGACCUGGCUCUGUGUGUGUGUGUGUGUGUGUGUGUGUGUGUGUGUGUGUGUGUGUGGUUAACCCUCCUCCUUUCCCACCCCGAUCCUUCCCGCGGCACGGAGAGGCAGGGCAGGAUCCAUGUGCCCACCAUGGAGGCAGAGAAAAGAGAAAGUGUUUUAUAUACGGUACUUAUUUAAUAUCCCUUUUUAAUUAGAAAUUAAAACAGUUAAUUUAAUUAAAGAGUAGGGUUUUGUUCAGUAUUCUUGGUUAAUAUUUAAUUUCAACUAUUUAUGAGAUGUAUCUCUUGCUCUCUCGGCUCUUAUUUGUACUGGUCUUUGUGUAUGAAAUCCAUGUUCCCCAUCUCUUUCUCCCUCACCGGUGACAGUCACUAGCUGGUCUUGAACAGAUAUUUAAUUUUGCUAACACUCAGCUCUGCCCUCCCCUUUCCCCCGGCUCCCACCACACAUUCCUUUGAAAUAAGGUUUCAAUAUACAUCUACAUACUAUAUAUAUAUUUGGCAACUUGUGUUUGUGUGUGUGUGUAUAUAUAUAUAUAUAUAUAUAUAUACAUAUAUAUAUAUGUUUAUGUAUAUAUGUGAUUCUGAUAAAAUAGACAUUGCUAUUCUGUUUUUUAUAUGUAAAAACAAAACAAGAAAAAAUAGAGAAUUCUACAUACUAAAUCUCUCUCCUUUUUUAAUUUUAA